CCUUCUUCAUCUUCUUCUUCGACACCUCGUAUAUACAUAACAUUAUUACAUCUGAUUAAAACUUCACCAAGAUUGCCAGUACAAUUUCCAUCUAUAUGUUCUUCUGUAUUGGCUAAUUGUAAAUUCAUGUACCCAUCAACGGAGACAAGGUAACCUUUGUAUUCAUGGCCCCAUUUCAAUUUCACCAUCACAGGUUUUCCAGUCAAACCAUUUAAGAAUGGUUUUGGAUUUAUUGGCAUUGUAGCAGCCAUGGUGAAAAGUUAUUUAAUUAUCUGCAAUGAAGAAUUUCAUUAGAGAUAUAACAAUUAAUAAAAUAAUAAUAUACAGGAAUAAACAUUCUAAUUAAUGAAUAACAAACAUAAAGUUCAAACUUUACUAGAUACUUUGUUAUUAAAAGUAAAGGUACUUAACCGGACAUACUUACAAUAAAGAAUUUGUAUCUCUUAAAAGAAGUGUUCACAUCUGAUUAAGAAUGAAUAUUCUGCCAAAGAAAAGAUGGCACGUACGUACCAAAGAAAAUAUUGCUCGUGUCCGUAAAGAUGAAGCAAAAGCUGCAGAGGAAGAAAGAGUCAAGCAAGAAAGAGCUCAAAAAGCUGAAACUGAAGCAAGAAUUAAUUUUCUGAGAGAUCAAGCUAGAUCGAAAUACGAUGGAAGAGAAAACACAUCUGAGACAACUAAUGCAUCUACUUCUAAAUUGGAACAUGUUAAUUUCUUUGCUGAUCUUGAACAAGGAAUUAUUGAUUAUAAUAAACCUAAUGUAGAACAUGAGAAGGAAAAAAAAGAAGAAAAAGAGAAAUAUGAAAAGCAAAUUGGGUAUCUUACUUAUCUUGGUCAAGACACUAAUGAAGCAACAGGCAAAAAGAACUGGUAUGAGGAAUUGCCUAAAAGAAUAACAGACACAGAAAAAGAUAUAGAAGUGCACACCAAAAAGAAAAUUUUGGAAGAUCCAAUACAUGAUAUUAGAAAGUAUUUAAACAUCAUGGGAGCUGGCUCUGGAGAGAAACCACUAAAAAUAAAGUCAAGUUCUGUAAAAAGGGUGAAGCAAGAAUCUGAAGAUAGUGAUUCAGAUUACAAAAGUAGAUCAUCAAAGAAACAUAAGCAUAAAAAAUCUAAGAAACACAAGAAAGAUAAGCAUCACAGUAAAGAAAUAGAGAGCAAAGAAAAAUCAAGUACAGAUAUACAAAAAUUAAGAGCAGAAAGAUUAUUAAGAGAGCAGAGUGAAAAAUUAAGAACAGAGGCACUACUAGCUAAAAUGAGAGGAGAUCCAGUGCCAGUAGUGGCCUCAGAAACGCCUGUUAAAUCUGGUAUUAAACAAAAGUAUAAUUCUCAAUUUUUUCCCGAAAUUGCUAGACAAAAUGCUGAAAGAACACCUAAUGUACAUUCAGCAAGGAAUUAAUGUAAAUUGUAAGUUCACUUCUAUUUUACAACUGUGAAACAUUUAUUUAAGCAUUAAAAAAUUAUAUCUAUUAUAGUUAUAUGAAAAUCAACAUAUGUACAAAUUAUUUAAAAAAUAUUUUAUAUAUCUAUAUGUUAUAGUUUCUAGUAUUGGCAAUAAAGCAUUGAUAAAUCAAUUAAAUACG